AUAUGGGACAACACGCAAUGGUGCGGAACGGCAAAUGCGGAAUGUACUAAAACCGCAUUUUUUUUGAAAAUUUUCAAAAAAUGCGGCAGCGGCAAUGCGGAAAGAAAAGUCAGAAAACGAAAAAACUAAAAAAGUGCAGUUGUCAACAAGUCAAAAUUCAAACGAAAAAAAUGGAGAAUUCAAGUGGUUCGGAAAGUGAUGGGUAUAACAACGAAUCAAAUGUAAAUUACGUGAUAAUUAACACGAUAAAAAAGUUCCCGGUACUUUAUGCGAAAGGCAGCAAACUUUACCGCAAUGUUCAAGAAAAACAGCGCGCUUGGUCCUCAGUUGCCAAGAAGUUGGAGAUGCCGGAAAAAAACGUCAAAACCAAAUGGCGAAACCUACGUGACAGGUACGUAAAAGAAUUGAGAAAAGUUAAACAAACUGGUACAUCUGGUGCUGGUACGGAAGACGUGUACAAAUCGAAAUGGUUUUUAUUUGAAGAACUGGAAUUCCUCGCAGCUCAUAGCGAAAACCGACCCACCACUGGCAACUAUGAACCGACCUCGCUACCCGCUGAUGAGCUUUCUCAAGCAUCUCAAGUAUAUACAGUGGAGGAAUACACUCAAGAGGCAAGUCAGGACGAAAACGUACUUGAUGAUCUGGAUAUGAACGACAGUGGAAGAACCGAGGGAAGAACUCCCAUAGUUCAUAGAUCGGGCGAAAAAUCUUCAAAGAAACGGAAAACCGCAGACCUCAUCGAUGACAAAAUUGAUCAGAUCUUAACAAAAGCAGAAGCAGCUUUGUCAGGAAACACUUCUCGGUAUGCUACAUUCUGUUCUUAUUUAACAGAACGUAUGGAAAUGCUACCUAUAUCGGUGGCUCGUGAUUUGGAAAUUGAAUUUACUUGUCGUGUAAAUUCUCUCUUAAGUUUGUACGAAGAGUAAACUUGAAUGCUGAAUACUCAGAAUGACCACUGUGGAUUCCAAGAAGAUUCGAUUAGUGAGAAAAUCUUGCACAUCGGUCAUCUUCAACAAUUAAAGCGCUACAAAAGAACAACUCAUUUUAUGUGUAAAUUUUAAUAAUAAUGUUUGUUUUAUAUUUGCCCAGAGUUCUUUUGGACUAACGAUAAUAAUUAUUAGAAAAAUAGUCAUGUACACAGUAGUUGGA